AUGUAAAAAAUAUAUUUAGAUAAAAAGACAUCACUUCAUGAAGUCAGUUCACUCUUUGAGAGACUAGGAGGCUAAGAGGGAGUAACCAAUAUAGUUGAAGGAAUGUAUGCUAAGAUCUUUAAUGAUCCAGAUGUAGCUGACUUUUUCAGAAAGUCAGAUAAAGGACAUUAGGUAAAAAAGAUGGCAGCCUUUUUCAUUUAUACAACUGGUGGAUAAGAAGACUGGGAUGGUAAAUCUAUGAAGGAAACUCAUUAAGGUAGAGGAAUUGGGUCACGAUAAUUCGAAAGAGUUAUUGAUCAUAUUAGAUCUACAAUGCAUGAGUUGGGGCAUUUGGAUGAACUUAUUGAUGAACUAGUGAACAGACUAGAUUUGCUCAAGCCAGCUUACUUAGAAGAAGAUUGA